AUGAUCAUCGACGCCAUCGACGGUGAUUACGUCCCCAUGUCGAUGGUCCACCUCGAGCAGCUAUGCCGCGCGGGGAGGGCCGUCCCGCAGGUUGCGGUGUAUCGGAUCAAGGUGAGGACAAAGGCCGACACAGCGCCAAGGCCGGCGAAGCACGAGUACGAGUACGUCCACAUCAACCGGCUGGCGCUGGAGCUCUGCAAGGAUAUAGGCCCACUGACCGGGGAGAGGGCCAACGCGUGCUCGGUGCUGGCGCUCUUCACCAUCCUCACGGGGUGCGACUAUACGCAGGGACUGCCCACGGUGGGGCCGGCGAGGGUAUGGAGCCACAGGGACAUCGUCGUCCCGAUCCUAUCCCUCGUGGAUGGCAAGGAGGAGAGCCACGACCAGGACGUGGCGAUCAUCUCCCUGGCCUCCGCCGUGCUGUACGCCAUGGUGUACGAGAAGAGGAUCAGCCUGCGGGUGAACCAGUCCGCCCUGAGCGCGGUGGCGGACACGCCCGACCGGAGGAGGGAGGAAGAGAGGAUCAUGCGCUCGAUCAAGGAGUGCGGGAGCAUGGCCCCAGGGACGCUGGCGAAGCUCCCGGACGUCAACUACCUCCGUAGCCACUCUAGCAACGCCCUCUGGACACUGCUCUACUGGAACGCGGAUUCGCUCUACCCGGACCCGUACUCCAAGACCUACGGCUACAAGCGCAUCAAGUCAGGGGCCGCGGGAUGGGGAGUCAGCAGGCCUCGGUUAGCAUCGUGA